ACCCGCCAAUGAGGAAGCAGUCAAAACAACUGAGGAGGUGUGUGUGUUGUAUCUUUUGCUUCACUUCAGGUGUGUGUUGGCUGCGUGACGGCUGUGGAACGUGGAUGUUUCGACUCGUGCUGUCACGGCUUUCAGGUUGACGGUAUCCAUCAUUUUGCAGAGAUGUCAGGUCUGGGCUUGGCUAAGAGGUGGCUACCUACUUACCUGCUGCUUCUGUGGAUGUUCACAGACAUGUCUGAGUCCAGACUUUAUUUGUCUGCACCAAGUGUGGUGACGCUUGAGGAAAACGCAAAUGCCAGUAUUACCAUUACUACCAGGUUUCCUGUCAACCAGUCAGCUGUGAUUGAGUUAAAUGUAACCCACAGCUCCAAGCAGAACUACUCAUCUAUAAUUACAAUUCCAAAGCAGGUGUUUCUACCAGCAGAGGCAAACUCAGUCUCCUUCAAUGUGUCUGCCCAUGAUGUGGGUCAGGUGACAACACACUUACAGAGCAACAACUCAGAUCUCAACAGGAUCCACUUUAUGGUUGUGCGUAGUAACAUCCUUUCUGGAAUCAGUCAGGUGAUAGGCUGGAUUUAUUUUUUCGCCUGGUCGGUGUCUUUCUACCCACAGGCCUGGGACAACUGGAAGAGGAAAAGUGUUGUAGGUCUCAACUUUGAUUUCCUGGCCCUCAACCUCACGGGCUUCAUCGCUUACAGUGUCUUCAAUAUAGGGCUGUUUUGGAUUCCUUACACAAAGGAGGAGUUUCUGAAGGAGAAUCCCAAUGGAAUUAACCCUGUUGAUGCCAAUGAUGUCUUCUUCAGUCUCCAUGCUGUCCUGCUGUGUUUGAUCUAUGCUAUCCAGGCUGCUGUGUAUGAGAGGGGCGAUCAAAAGGUCUCUUGGAUAGCCUUGGGCUUGUUGCUGAUUGGCUGGACUUUUGCCUUGAUUAGCUUGUUUCUUGCUGUAGCCAGACAGAUCACUUGGUUGGAUUACCUCUACUAUUUCUCCUACAUUAAACUAGCAGUCACCCUGAUCAAGUAUGUACCACAGGCAUUCAUGAACUAUAAAAGACAGAGUACUGAGGGCUGGAGUAUUGGCAAUGUGUUGCUGGACUUCACUGGUGGAACCUUCAGUAUUCUUCAGAUGAUCUUACAGUCUUACAACAAUGAUGAAUGGACGCUGAUAUUUGGGGAUCCUACAAAGUUUGGCCUUGGACUGUUCUCUGUGGUGUUUGACAUCCUCUUCAUGACUCAGCACUACUGUCUCUACAGAAAGCCACCACAGUAUGAAGCUAUUGUAGAACAACAAGAAGCCUGAUGUGGACCCCUUGCCUUGUUGAUGGACUACCUUUAAACAUUACUUCAAGGGAGCCUAUGAUUGAUUUCUAUCAGUCAGCCCACAAUAAGCACACCUGAUCAACAAAGAAUUGAUUGAAGCUGUUGAUUAUCAUGUUGCUUUCCUCCAAAGCAGUGCCUUCUUCUUAAAAAUCAGCACUUUAUGUAAUGAUGUCAAUGUCAACACUUUUUAUUAAAUGCAAUAUCACAACUGUUA